CUGGCUAGCAAAUUAGCAGGUCAGAUGACAAUGGAGGCCUUGAAGGUUUGGUCUUCACGGCCUUUAAGGCAUCUCUUUCAUUUAGCUUCCUCGUCUCCUCCUCAUCUUACUUCGAAGUCAUACCUCCCUGUUACCUUUAUCCGCUGCUGUUCUUCUUCCUCCUCCACCUCCGCCGCCGCCACCUCUGCCGCCGUGCCAAAACAAGGCGGUAGGAGUAGAAGACCAUCCGCUGCUUCGACUGCGACUUCAACCUCAGAUAGGGAGGCCAUUCGCGCAAUUCGUCUCAAAAAGGUGGAAGAGUUGAGGAGCAAGGGCUUUGAACCCUAUGCUUACAAGUGGGAUAGAACCCAUACUGCUAAUCAGUUGCAAGAGAUGUAUAAACAUCUAGGCAAUGGUGAAGAGAUGAACGGUGAGAAUGAUCAAGUAUCAAUAUCAGGAAGAAUUGUGGCACGUAGGGCUUUUGGAAAACUCGCUUUCUUGACUUUGAGGGAUGAUUCUGGGACAAUUCAGCUUUACUGUGAGAAGGAAAGGCUUGUAAAUGAUCAAUUUGAGCAAUUGAAGAGCCUUGUUGAUAUAGGAGACAUAUUGGGUGCACGUGGCUCCAUUAAGCGGACAGAGAAAGGGGAGCUCUCUGUAUGUGUAAAUUCAUUUCUGAUUCUCACAAAGUCUUUGCUUCCACUUCCGGAUAAGUUUCAUGGUCUAACAGAUGUGGAUAAGCGUUAUCGCCAACGAUAUGUAGAUAUGAUUGCAAAUCCAGAGGUAGCUGACGUAUUUCGUAAAAGAGCAAAGAUUGUAUCAGUCAUUCGCCAGACCGUUGAAUCUAUGGGCUUUAUUGAAGUUGAUACACCAGUUCUACAGGGAGCAGCUGGUGGGGCAGAAGCUAGACCAUUCAUUACACACCAUAACUCUCUUGGUAGGGAUCUUUAUCUCAGAAUCGCUACCGAACUCCAUUUGAAGAGAAUGCUGGUUGGGGGGUUUGAAAAAGUAUAUGAGAUUGGAAGAAUAUUCAGAAAUGAAGGCAUUUCAACUCGUCAUAAUCCAGAAUUCACAACUAUAGAGAUUUACGAAGCAUAUUCAGACUAUGAAAGCAUGAUGAACAUGGCAGAAGAAAUUGUAACCCGAUGUGCUUUUGCAGUCCAUGGGAAGCUUAGUGUUGAUUAUCAGGGCGUAGAAAUUAAUCUGGAAAGGCCUUGGAGGAGGGAAACGAUGCACAAUCUGGUGAAAGAAGCUAUAGGGAUUGAUUUUCUUGAGUUGGGAAACGAUCUCGAUGCUGUUAAGGCAGCAACACUUAGUGCACUCAAUAUGGGUCUGAAUAAUCAAGACAGACAUUUGAUUGAAGCAUGCUCCUCUGUCGGUCACGUGCUUAAUGAGGUUUUUGAGAUGAUGGUAGAACCAACGCUGGUACAGCCUACCUUUGUUUUAGACUAUCCUGUCGAGAUAUCUCCUUUGGCUAAGCCACAUCAGAGGCAUAUAGGUUUAACAGAGAGAUUUGAACUAUUCAUUUGUGGUCGUGAGUUGGGGAAUGCGUUUUCUGAAUUAACCGAUCCUUUAGACCAGAGAACACGCUUGGAAGAGCAAGUGAAACAGCAUAAUCAAAAGAGAGAGGCUGCAGCUUCAAAAGCCUUGGAUACACAAGAAAAGGGAUCGAAAGAUGAUGAUGAAGAUGUGUCUUACGAAGUGACUCUUGAUGAAGAUUUUCUAACAGCUCUGGAAUACGGAAUGCCGCCAGCUUCAGGAAUGGGACUUGGGGUGGACAGAUUGGUGAUGCUUCUUACAAACUCAGCCAGUAUCAGAGAUGUUAUUGCUUUCCCUGUUCUUAAGAUUCAGCAAGGAUUCUAGUGCUUCAUUUGAGAUCUAAAUAGAGUUUUUCUUUCAGAUUCAUGUGUUAGUCUUUGAAACUAUGCUUGUUAUAAACUCCACCCCUUUUCUGCUACAACAAAUCAGAGGUGAUUCUUUUGUUUGGAGUAUAUAAAUUAAACUUAGACA